GGCUUCUGCUCAGGAAUCAGCUGUUUUACCGGAAUCUCUUUUCCAGGGCUGUGUCUGGGCAGGAAGGUCCACUGGAAUAGAGGUGAGCCCAUCCCCUUGGCAUCCCGGGUCCUGCCUCCUCCCCCGGGGACAAUGUGGGACCCCUCCCGGGGGCAUCUGGGGGAUGGAGGGAGGAGUGGCAUUCUGAGCUGAGGAACAGGGCACGUGCGUGAGGACCCUGGAGGCUGGUCACUGGGGGGAAACCGAGGCACGGAGCCUAAGGGGACCGCAACCUCCGACUCCCUCCUAGAGGCUCUGCCUAAACCUACCAUCUGGGCAUCACCGAGUGCCAUGGUGACCGUGGGGAGUCCCGUGAGCAUCUGGUGCCGCGGGUCUCGGAAGGCGGACCAGUACCACCUGCAUCAGGAGCGGGCCCCACAGCCCCUGAGAACCGUGCUCCCCCAGGGACCCAGGGACACGGCUGAGUUCCCCAUCCCACGCGUGACCCACGGCUUCGCGGGGAGGUACCACUGCACGUAUAACCGUUGGAGAGCCUCGUCCGCCCCCAGCGAGCCGCUGGACCUGGUGGUCACCGGAAUGUUCAACCCACCCACUCUCUCCGCCUUGCCAAGCCCUGUCGUGACCUCUGAAGGGAGCGUGACCCUGCAGUGUGGCUCCUGGCAGGGGUUUGACUGGUUUUAUCUGAGUGACAAAGGGCGAGGUGGCCACCACCAUCUGUACUCACAGCGCCGAGACGACGGGUGGUCCCAGGCCCUCCUUACCGUGGGUCCCGUGAGACCCACUCACUGGUGGGCAUACAGGUGCUACGGUGUCUUCUCGGGUUCUCCUUACGUGUGGUCUUCCCCAAGCAGCCUCGUGGAGCUUCUGAUCUUGGGUGUUUCCAGGAAACCAUCCCUCUCUGUCCUGCCAGGCCCCGUGGUGGCCCCUGGAGAUACCCUGAUCCUACAAUGUCAGUCUGAUGUCAACCAUGACAGAUUCGCUCUCUUCAAAAUGGGGGAACAUGACCUCCCCCAGGAACUUGGCCGGCAGCCCCAGGCUGGGCUCUCUCAGGUAGACUUCUCCCUGGGCCCGGUGAGUGUCUCCCACGGUGGCCGGUACCGAUGCUACAGUGGAUACAACCUCUCCUCUGAGUGGUCGGCCCCCAGUGACCCGGUGGACAUCUUGGUGACAGCCUUAUUCCCUCAGGACACGUUGCCCACUCUGUCAGCCCACCCAGGCCCCACCAUGGCCCCAGGAGAGAAUGUGACCCUGCGGUGUCAGACUGCGAGUUUGUUUGACACGUUCCUCCUGUUCAAGGAGGGAGACGUCGGUCCCCCUCUGCACCUCAGGUCCCAGUACCAAGAUGGGGUGUUUCAGGCAAACUUCCCCAUGAAUCCCGUGACCCUGGACCACUGGGGCACUUACAGAUGCUACGGGUCACUCAACAGCACCCCCAUCCAGUUGUCAAGUCCCAGUAACCCACUGGAGCUCAAGGUGGAAGGUGAGGAGCUGUCCAUGGUGUCUUCCUGCCUUCCCACCCCAUUCCACCCAUCCCCAUGUCUGGAUCACCUCCUCCAAUGAACCACAUCUGUCCGUCUUUCCCUCCUUUGCCCUCCUCUGAGUCCAGGCACCACUGUCCCGCAUUGGGCUUUCAUUCCCAUGUGUGGAAUGCAUCAGCAUCAGAAAAGACAAAGAGGUCU